GCAGCGGAAAAAGAGGGAGAAUAGGAGGCAAAGUCAAACGGGCAACGAGAGUCUCCUCGCGAAGUUAGUCGCGUGAAUUGCGCUGUGUCAAAGCGCCGUGCGACCUGUACCACACGCUGCAUAAAGCAAACAUCGUAAAAUAAAAAAAAAAGGGAACAAAUAAAAACAAGAGCUUGACGUCGUCGUUCAUUUCGUGUUACGCACGUAUCGAUAUUUCAUCUACGUCACGUCAGUGAUAUUGCAUUCUUAGUGAAUGUGCUUCCGAAGCUGUCGCUUCUCGCUAUCAGUACUAAGGCUACGUCGUUUAUGCAACGCGAAGGUCAAUGAUACUGUUUAAUCUAUUGAUAUCGGACAAACGGACAAACAGACUCGAAAAUCAAGGACAGAACUACGCUACAGAAUGAUAAGAAUUGGCACACGAUUAGAAGAACACAUGUAUGAAUAGUGAACAGACAUUGAGCGAUAAGGAAAACUGACUAGUUUAUCUGCGAAUUGAAUUUACAUAAACGAGUCAUAGUCGGCGAGGAGCCUACUGAUACUUCUCUCUCCCUACUAUGAUAUAAAAUAGCGACGCUUCACGACCUAAUGACAGUUAAAGCUAGAACAGAUACGCGAGCAAACGUUAAGAAGUAAAAAAUACAUGUGCGUUCUCUUAUAUCAAAGAUAGAUGAGAAUACAAGAUUAAUCCUACUGGAACGAUAAAGUGAACUUUUUCCACACAAAAAAUUAGCGUCACAAGAUAUCUACGCGUAAGACGCAUCUACAAUAAGAUUCGAUACUUUACAAACUUAAGAAGAUAUAUUGACGACAUCCAAUCAAAGAGGGUUUGACUUCAGUUUCCAAGAAAUUCGUAGCAAACACGUACAAUGAAAACGCAAUCAUCGCUUGACACGCUUCCCGUUAAAAAUUUGGACACAUUGUUAAUGCAAACGUAUGGGCCUAAUUUUAAAAUACACGACGUAGAAUGGAGGCAUUUAACAGACCCGGGAGAGAACUUCGGUAGCGUAAUAUUGGCUAUCAAAGUCAAUGCCGAACAAAAUGAUAAGAAGAGAACUUUAAGCAUAGUCGUUAAACUACCGCCGAAAUCAGAAUAUUUGCUAGAUUUAUUCGAUAGCCCGCUAACAUUCAAGAAAGAACUGAAAUUUUAUAGCGUGGUAGCACCAGAGUUUUUAAAGUUACAAAACGAAAGCGGUAUCCCACGGGAAGCUUUGAGUGUUAUCACGCCACAAUUUUUCGGCGGCAGAUUAGGUUUACGAGAUCCUCAAUGUUUCGACGAGCAGGCCGCCAUCGUUUUAGAAAAUCUAAAGGAUCACAAUUACAUAACGCAAGACCGCAUUCUAGGUCUAGAUAAGGUGCAUAUGGAUUUUGCAAUCAGUCACUUAGCAAAGCUGCACGCUAUAGCAAUCGGCCUGAAGUUGAAGAAACCUGAAUUUUUCGAAAAGAUGGUGUUACCCAUUCUAAAUUUCUCUAUAAAUCAGGCUGCGCAACAAGGUGUGCUGGAUAUGGUGGGGAAGGCGCACAACGAUUACAAAAAUAUAAAAGAAGCAGAAACUUAUCUGGAUAGAAUUCAGAAAACGAUUGAAUACGGAUUUGCAAACGAACAUGCACCGUCGAAGGAACCUUGGGCGACAUUAGUGCAUCAUGAUUUUUGGGUAAAUAACAUGAUGUUCAAAUACGACGAGUCGGGUAAACCGAUCGAUAUGAAAAUGGUGGACUUCCAAUUGACACUCUACACCUAUGGUGUAAGGGAUCUCAUAUUUUUCCUUAUAUCGAGUUCUCGAAAGGAGGUGCUCGAUAAUCAUCUUGACGAAAUGAUUGAUUUUUAUUAUAACUCUUUCAUCGAGAGCUUAAAAUCGCUAGGUGUAGACAUAACCGCAUUUCCCAAGAGUCAAUUUAUGGAGCAAUUGAAUCAAGUGGCACCUAUCAUGUUUAAUCAGUGCAUCAUGAUGGUGCAAGUAAUUCAAGCAGCACGUGGCUCUGUUACAGAAACUACUGAAACGGCAAAUAAAGGUGUUUUUGCAGGUGGGAUUAAUGAUGUUAAUUACAAACAAAAAAUGCUGCACAUCUUAUCUAUAUUCGAACAAAAGGGAUGGUUCGUGAAUUAAUUAGAUUAGAUUAGCAAAUAUCUAUCCAUAAAUCAAUUAUUUGUAAAGAAAUAAUUUUUUAGUCUAAAAUUUCAAACAAGAUAUUGACAAUCUUGCAAAUAUUUGUUAAGCAUAGGAUCUGUAGAAACUGUAUACUUGUAUAUAAAUAUGUAGCGAACAUUUUCAAACAAGACAAUAUUAAAUCACAAAGCAAUAUUAGGUAAUAUGGACCAAAGCUAAACAGACAA